AUGGCGGACAUGCGGGGCCGCUGGUCCUGGGACGUUCCGGGGUUCGAGCCGCCGCAGCCUGCGACGACGGCGGCGGCGGCCCCGACCGCGAUGCCGCGGGCGCCGCCGACGGCCAUGGUGCUCCGCCCCUCCUCCGGGGCGCCCCGCGCGCCGCCCGGCGACGGGGUGCUCGUCGCGGACCGGCUCGACCAGCUCGCGGACAGCGUCCAGCUUGCUAGAGAGGACUGCUUGGAGCUUAGACAGGAAGCUAGUGACCUUCUUGAGUAUUCUAAUGCAAAACUGGGCCGUGUCACCCGCUAUCUUGGAUUCCUUGCUGACAGAACUCGAAAAUUAGAUCAAGCUGCCCUUGAGACUGAAGCUAGAAUCACCCCUUUGAUUCAUGAGAAGAAAAGGCUUUUCAAUGACCUAUUGACCUUGAAAGGCAAUGUCAAAGUGUUUUGUCGUAGCAUGCCACUAUUUGAAGAUGAGGGUCCAUCAGUAGUAGAGUUUCCAGAUGAUUUUACUAUCCGUGUAAACACAGGAGAUGAAUCUCUAACCAAUCCGAAGAAGGAUUAUGAGUUUGAUAGGGUAUAUGGGCCCCACAUUGGGCAAGGUGAACUUUUCCACGAUGUUCAACCAUUUGUGCAAUCUGCCCUGGAUGGUUACAAUAUUUCCAUAUUUGCAUAUGGUCAAAGCCGUUCUGGCAAAACACAUACACUGGAAGGAUCUAGUCACGAUCGUGGCUUAUAUCUGCGGAGCUUUGAAGAGCUGUUUGAUCUUUCAAACUCAGAUACUACUUCUACUGCGCAUUUUAAUUUCUAUUUUACUGCCUGUGAGCUCUACAAUGAUCAGGUUAGGGAUUUGCUGUCAGAAUCUAGCAGCACUGUCCCAAAAGUUCGAGUGGGUGUUCAAGAAUCCUUUGUGGAACUUGUCCAAGAAAAGGUUGAAAAUCCACUGGAGUUUUCUGGGGCACUAAAGACAGCACUUCAAAACCGAUCAGUAAAUUCGCCAAAGGCCAUGGUUUCUCACCUGAUCAUUACCAUUCAUAUACACUACAGAAACUACGUAACAGGAGAGCAUCUGUACAGUAAGCUUUCUCUAGUGGAUUUGCCAGCAAGUGAAUGCUUGCUUGAAGAAGAUGCCAAUAGGGACAAUGUAACAGAUUUCCUUCAUGUCUCGAAAUCACUUUCUGCGUUGGGUGAUGCGUUUGCCUCUUUAAGCGCCAAGAAGGAGCCUGUUCUUUCAGGGAAUUCAAGAAUCACACAAAUCUUAGCUGACUCACUAGGAAGUAGCUCGAAGAUCUUGUUGAUUGUGCAUGUAAGUCCAAGUGCUUCAAAUUUGUCAAGAACUUUGUCCACACUCAGUUUUUCUGCAAGAGCAAGAAAUGCUGAACUGAGCCUUGGCAAUCGUGACACAAUAAAGAAAUGGAAAGAUGUGGCAAAUGAUUCUCGCAAAGAAUUGCAUGAAAAAGAAAAGGAGGUUCUAGACUUGCGGCAAGAAGUUCUGGGGUUAAAACAUUCUCUAAAAGAGGCUAAUGACCAGUGCACACUGCUCUUCAAUGAAGUUCAGAAGGCCUGGAGAGUUUCUUCUACACUCCAAGCUGAUCUCAAGUCUGAAAAUUUAAUGCUUGCUGAGAAGCACAAGAUUGAGAAAGAGCAGAAUAACCAGCUGAGGGAUCAGAUUUCUCAACUUUUGAAAGUUGAACAAGAACAGAAACUCAGGAUGCAAGAACGUGAUUUAACAAUUCAGUCACUACAGGCAAAACUCAAGACCAUUGAAUCUCAGCUUAAUGAGGCCCUCAAUGCUAGUGACGCUAGAUCAACUAUUGGGUCUGAAGCUACUUCAGUUAUUUCUUCCCCAAAGGUAACGGAGUCAACUGCUGACUCAUCGUCAGUGACCAAAAGGCUUGAGGAGGAAUUGGCAAAAAGGGAUGCCCUUAUUGAGAAAUUGCAUGAAGAGAAUGAGAAGCUUUUUGACAGACUUACAGGGAAGUCGGGAUUAGGAAGCGCACCACAGGCUUCAAGCCCUUCGGCAAACAAGCCAGCUAAUGCUCAAGGAAGGGAGAUAGGCAGGAGUGACAGCAGCAAAAGUCGAUCGCCAGAUGUGUUUGCAUCAACGGCGUCUCAGGAUAAAACUGAAAUCAGUGGAGCUAUUGUGAAAUCAAGCAAUGAGCUAGCAAAAACUACACCUGCUGGGGAGUACCUUACGUCUGCACUGAUGGAUUUUGAUCCAGACCAGUUUGAGGGAUUUGCUGCAAUAGCUGAUGGUGCUAACAAGCUUUUGAUGCUGGUUUUGGCUGCAGUUAUCAAAGCUGGUGCAGCUAGGGAGCAUGAGAUACUUGCUGAGAUCCGUGAUGCUGUGUUUUCAUUUAUUCGCAAAAUGGAACCAAGAAAAGUUAUGGAUACUAUGUUAGUUUCAAGAGUCAGGAUAUUAUACAUUAGAUCUUUGCUUGCUAGGUCACCAGAACUACAGUCCAUCAAGGUCUCUCCAGUUGAGCGUUUCUUGGAGAAAUCAAAUACUGGUCGAAGUAGAAGUUCAAGCAGGGGAAGUAGUCCUGGCAGGUCUCCUGCUUACCACCAUGAUUAUAGUUCCCGAACCGCCCUAGUUGAUGAACAUGUGCAUGGUUUCAAGGUGAACAUUAAGCAGGAAAAGAAAUCGAAGCUCUCCUCGAUUGUUCUGAAGCUUCGUGGUAUUGAGGAGGAAACUUGGAGACAACAUGUGACUGGAGGGAAACUUCGGGAAAUUACUGAGGAUGCCAAGGCCUUUUCAAUUGGAAACAAGGCUUUAGCUGCUCUCUUUGUUCACACACCAGCUGGUGAAUUACAGCGCCAAAUCCGUGCAUGGCUUGCUGAGAACUUUGAGUUUCUAUCUGUAACUGGUGGAGAUGCUGCUGGUGGAGCUUCAGGACAGCUUGAACUGCUGUCAACUGCUAUUAUGGAUGGAUGGAUGGCUGGCCUUGGUACAGCACAGCCCCCCACCACUGAUGCUUUAGGACAACUUUUAUCGGAAUACACAAAGCGUGUCUACACAUCACAACUACAGCACUUGAAGGACAUAGCUGGCACAUUGGCAACGGAGGAGGCUGAUGAUCCUGCACAUGUCAGUAAACUCCGUUCUGCUCUGGAGUCUGUUGAUCACAAAAGGAGAAAGAUUAUGCAACAAAUGCGAACUGACACCGCCUUGUUAACCAAAGAAGAAGGUGGUUCACCUAUUCGAAAUCCUCCUACUGCUGCUGAGGAUGCGCGAUUAGCAUCUCUCAUAUCUCUAGAUAACAUCUUGAAGCAAAUCAAGGAAGUAAUGAGACAAAGCUCUACAAGACCUAUGAGAAAAUCAAAAAGGAAAUCUCUGCUAGAAUCAUUGGAUGACCUCUUGGCACAGAUGCCUUCUCUUCUUGACAUAGAUCAUCCAUGUGCUCAGAAGCAGAUCAUGGAGGCUCGGAAAGUUGUAGAGUCAUUGGAAGAAGACCCCGAUGAUCCUGCCCCGCAGUCUAAUGCAUUGGGAGAAAGUGAGGUGGCACAGUGGAACGUCCUGCAGUUCAACACGGGAACAACUGCGCCUUUCAUCAUAAAAUGUGGAGCAAACUCGAGCAGUGAACUGGUGAUUAAGGCUGAUCUGCGAGUUCAGGAACCUAAAGGUGGCGAGGUGAUCCGUGUCGUUCCAAGACCAUCUGUUCUUGCAGACUUGAGCUUUGAGGAAAUAAAAGGUGUGUUUGAGCAAUUGCCAGAGGCAGUCAGUUUGCUUGCCUUGGCCCGAACAGCCGAUGGUACAAGAGCCAGGUAUUCAAGAUUGUACAGAACCUUAGCCAGCAAAGUGCCGGCCUUGAAAGAGAUCGUUGCGGAGAUGGAAAGAGGUGGUGUUUUCAAGGAUGUCCGGUCAUCGUAGAGUUAGUUCAUUUGUAGAGUUAUAUGAUGUUGUAUAUGGAUGCCAUUUGAGGGCAUCCCUUGUAACUGUUUUUGUUUAUACUAAGAGGAAGCCUAUGUUGUAACACUAUUCUUUGGCAAGAGAUAUUCCUUGCCUGUGCCUGUGCCUGUGCCGCCUAUGCCUGUCAACUGUCAUG